UCUGAAGAGGCGGUGUCUUUUUUAUUAGAUGAUAUUUUAGUGAUAUUUGUGGUUAUAAGACUCUAAUGCAGUCACUAAACCUCGAGGAUUUACCUUUGCUUGUGGAAUGGUUUUUCGUAAAUCGUUGACAAUGGAAGAAUUGGGACAAAGGAGAAGACUGAAGCACUGGCGGAUUGCUCUGUUUUUUUCUAUGCUGAUGUGCUUUGCGGACAAAGGUUCAACUCACAUAAGGUACUCAGUGCCAGAGGAGGUGAUUGAUGGAACUGUUGUCGGAAAUCUUGCUAAAGAUUUGGGUCUUGAUGUGAAUACUUUGGUGGACAGACGUUUCCGUAUCGUUUCUGGAUCUAAUGACGCUAUUUUCCGGCUUAAUCAGAACAAUGGCGUUUUAUAUGUUCAUACAAAGAUCGACAGAGAACAAAUAUGUGAUGGCAAUAAUCCCUGCGUUAUCGACCUUAAAGUUGUAGUGGAAAACCCACUGGAGGUUCAUUAUGUGGGAGUAGAUAUUACUGAUGUAAAUGACCACGCUCCUGCUUUUCCAGAAAAGCAACAAAGGUUAGAGAUUGCGGAGAGCACAUUACCGGGUGCGCGCUUUCAGCUCCAAAGUGCGCGUGAUCCAGAUAUCGGUGUGAAUUCAGUGCAUGUGUAUAAAAUAAGUCAGAAUGAGCACUUUGACUUAGAGAUAAGAGACAGGGGUGACGAAAAGGUACCAUUCAUGGUUUUACAAAAAGCACUGGAUAGAGAGCGUAAAGCUGAGCACGAACUGACACUGACAGCAGUGGAUGGUGGAAAUCCAGCAAAGGCUGGAACUUUAAAUGUCACUGUCACUGUUCUGGAUAUCAAUGACAAUCGUCCAGUGUUCACUCAAGAGGUUUACACGGUACAUUUACUGGAAAACUCUCCAGUAGGAACCAUAGUAAUAAAAGUGAGCGCAACCGAUCUCGACGAUGGUUCAAAUGGAGAGAUAAUUUACUCGUUUAGUAGUAAAUUAAAUCGUAAGGUUUAUGAUAUAUUUGACUUGGACGCAGCUUCGGGUGAAAUUCGGGUAAAAAGGAAAAUAGACUUUGAAAGCACUGAGGUGUACAGAUUAGAUGUUUUGGCCUCUGAUAAAGGCACACCUCCAAUGACUGUCGAUUGCAGGGUUAUUGUGAAAAUUUUAGAUGUAAAUGAUAACGCUCCUGAAAUAGAAAUUAUGUCACUUUCUAAUUCAGUGCCUGAAGAUUCCAAACCUGGAACAGUUAUUUCGUUAAUUAGUAUUUUGGAUAAAGACGCUGGUGUAAAUGGAAAAGUCUUGUGUACUUUAUCCCAGGCCGUUCCCUUUGAAUUAAAACCGUCCAUAAAGGACAAUAUGUACUCUUUAAUUACAAAAUCGCGUUUAGACAGAGAGGAGACCUCCCGUUAUGACAUUACAUUAACUGCUUCAGACCUGGGCCAACCUCCUCAAACUGCACAAAGAACCCUGAGUGUGCAGGUGUCAGACGUGAAUGAUAACAGUCCACAGUUUUCUCAAAAUCCUAUUGAACUUUAUUUAACGGAAAAUAACAUCAACGGUGAUACUAUAUUUAGUGUAACCGCAUCGGAUAAAGACAUGAAUGAAAAUGCAGUAAUCUCAUACAGCAUUCUUAGAGGAGAUAGUGUAAAGAACAACUGGCCUAUAUUUCUAAGUAUUAACUCUGAAACAGGAGUUAUUCACGCGCUAAAGAGUUUUGAUUAUGAAGUAACCAAAACCUUCCAGUUCCAUGUGCUCGCUACAGAUUCUGGAUCUCCGUCACUAAGCAGCAACGUCACAGUGAACGUCUUCAUUCUGGAUCAAAACGACAACGCUCCAGUGAUCUUAUAUCCAGUCAGUGCUAACGGUUCUGCUGAAGGUGUGGAGGAGAUUCCCCGCAAUGUCAACGCAGGACAUUUAGUGACUAAAGUGAGAGCCUAUGACGCGGAUAUAGGAUACAACGGAUGGUUAUUAUUUUCACUACAGGAAGUGAGUGACCACAGUCUCUUUUCUUUGGACCGUUAUACAGGACAGAUAAGGACCCUUCGUCCAUUCACAGAAACAGAUGAGGCUGAACAUAAACUGGUCAUACUGGUCAAAGACAAUGGAAACGUUUCACUUUCAGCAACAGCUACUGUGAUCAUUAAACUUGUUGAGCCCAAAGAGGCUUUUGCAACGUCUGAUAUUAAAAGUUCGGUAAAUGAUGUAGAAGAAAAUAACAUUACAUUUUAUUUGAUCAUUACCCUGGGCUCUGUUUCAGUGCUUUUUGUAAUCAGCAUUAUAGUGUUAAUAAUAAUGCAGUGCACCAAGUCUACAGACUAUUCCUCCAAGUAUUUGCAAGAUACAAAUUACGAUGGGACACUGUGUCACAGUAUCCAGUACAGAUCCGGAGAUAAACGCUACAUGUUAGUUGGACCAAGAACGAGUAUCGGUUCUACUUUAAUUCCAGGAAGUAAUGGGAAUACUCUAGUGGUACAUGAUCGCAGGAGAAGAACUUCUGGUGAGGUAAGAUUUUAAAAUAAUUACAUUAAAGUAUAGUUAAACCGUACGUUAUUACGGCGAUAAUAUUUCCAAAAUG